CCAGUGCUGGGUGGAAAGGUCUGCAGCAGCACUUUUCUGCACGUCCAGGGGCAUGCUGCAUGACUGCCUCUCCCCUAGAGCACACUCAUUGUCUUAAUUUUACAAUCAGAGCUUUGUUUUGACACCUCAGCAGUUGUCAGCUGUUGCGUGUUUUUUUUUGUUAAAAAGAGUUCAGAACCACCUCCCUUUGGAUGCUGACACUUCAACAAACAAGUCCUUGUUACCACAUGACUGAUCUGAGGCUGCUUUUUUUUUUUUUUUUUUUUUUUUUUUUGCUUAUGGCCAGGGUUUCUAGAAGAUGACUUGUGCUAUUGAAUGGUGACUUGUGUACCGCUUCCUGCAGUGCCAGAGCAUAAAAGUCAGAAACCUGUUUUGUGCUGGGAUUGAGCCCUGAAUUGAAAAAUGCUGUUGCGGAUAAGAGUUGUUUGUAUUCUGGUGUCUGCAGCAGGUGUGUUGGGGUAGUACACUGAGCCACAGGGCAAAUGUGAAGAUCUUAACUCCUGCCCAAACAAGAUGCAUAUCAUCUUUGGUUUCUCUGAAGUGUGAGAAGUGGGUACAGCUGUACUUGUGCUCUGAGGAAAGAUACUUUUUAGGUGGAUGGGGUACAAAGCUGCUGUAUUGUACAGGUGCCUUAAAGAAAAAAACCAAACAACCAAAACCAGCACCCCAAACCCUUCCUGUAAGGGUGUCCACAGGUAUUUGUGCAGCUCUGCAGAAAGACAAGGUUGCACUUGGUGGGCAUGAGCAGCCACAUAACCUCGAAGUACUCUGCUUCAGUAAGUGCAUUCCCUCGGAGCAGGGAGGCCCUGGGUUUCACGGCUCUGCUAGUGUCAAAUGCUCGGUGGCACUGCUCUCGGUGAGGUCCUGUUUGUGUCUGUGAUCUUGUGGCUUGGCCACUGGCUUUGUUUUCAGGUUAACUCCACACUGGAGCAUCUGGCACUGCCAAGGUGACAGACUUAACAAGUUUUGAGGAUGGAAAAGCUGGUAGGGGAUUUAUUUUUUUUUUUUUUUGAGGGGGGGUGAUUGAGUCCUGGACCACUUGACCAGCCUACUAGGGCUCGCUAAAGAAAGAACCUCAGUUUAAAAAGCUUUCAUGGAUCGCACUUUCCACUUUUGAUUGCAUUGGAAUUGUACUUAACCGAAAGCUGACAUUGCACUUUUGAGUGAAAGCGGAACAGUGAGAUAAAGCCAGGCUGGGUGCACUGGAAGGCUGGGAUCAGACCCUUUCCAUGAAGCAUUUCCACAAGUGUUCUGAUACUUCAUAACUUAAGGUUCAGACAGGCAUGAGUUACAGACCUAUCUACUCCAUUUUGAUGAGGAAAUUACAGAGACACUGAAAAUAAACAGUUCCAUCCCCUCCUCCUCCUCUUCCCAAACUUUGAAGAGCUUUUCCUGUCUGAGCUGUCCGUGAAAUGACUGUGCUUGCCUGGAGUUGAGGUGUAAAUCGGCACUGGAGCUGGACGAGAGCUGGGCUGUUCACAACUUGUCUGAGCAAGAGCAGGUUGUUUUGCGUGGUGGGGACCUGGAGUUUGGCUGCAUCAUGGCGACGGUCAUCACUGAAAAGCUUAGCCGCCUCUUCAUUAAUGUGCGGCAGGUCCCCCAGCUGCUGGCCCCCCCUUCUCCCUCCACCGUCAGCAGUUCAGAGGUGCCAAAGGUCUUCUGGAAGCCCUACAUCCACACUGGCUACCGGCCGGUGCAGCAGACCUGGCGCUAUUACUUCUCAACACUCUUCCAACAGCACAAUGAGGCCAUCAAUGUCUGGACCCAUCUGGUGGCAGCGCUGAUCCUGCUGCUGCGGUUCCAGCAGCUCUCGCAGCGAGUGGAUUUUCAGCAGGACCUGCAUGCCCAGCCCCUCUUCAUAAUCAUCGUGGCAUCCAUCACCUACCUGACGUUCAGCACCCUCGCUCACCUUCUGCAGGCCAAAUCUGAGUUCUGGCACUACAGCUUCUUCUUCAUGGACUAUGUGGGUGUUGCCAUUUACCAGUAUGGCAGCGCUCUGGGGCACUACUACUACACCAUCGAGCCAAGCUGGCAUGAGAAGAUCAAAUCGUUUUACAUGCCAGUGGCCAUCCUGUUAGCAUGGCUGUCCUGUGCCGGUUCCUGCUAUGCCAAGUUCCGCUACCACCAGUCCACGCACCUUCUGAGCCGGCUCUGCCAGGAGCUGCCCUCUGGCCUGGCGUACAUGCUGGACAUCAGCCCUGUGGUCCACCGCAUCUACACCGCGCCGCCCUCCGAGCAGGCUGACCUGGCCCUUCUGUAUCACAAAUGCCAGGUGCUGUUUUUCCUGAUUGGUGCCUUUUUUUUCUCACACCCUUACCCUGAGAAGUGGUUCCCAGGGAAAUGUCACUUCUUUGGGCAGAGCCAUCAGAUUUUUCACAUGUGCCUGGUACUCUGCACGCUGGCACAGAUUGAGGCAGUAGUGUUGGACUAUGAGUCCAGGCGACACAUCUAUUCCACUCUUCAGGGUGAUUUGGCGCACAACUUCUCUGCCCUGUGCCUCUUCACUGUGAUCUGCUCUGUCCUCACAGCUGCUUACAUGGCCCGGAAGGUGAAGAACAAGCUGAGCUUCAAAGAAGAGUAAGAGCCCUGAAGGAGAAGCAGGUGAGCUCACCCCAGGGGUUGAUCUGCAGCCAGCUGUGGCGACGCUGGCAUGAACCUGGCCACAAACUUCAAUAAGAGGAAUGAAACGCUUUGCAAACUGUUACUUGGCAGUCUAUAGGGAGAGAAAGAGCUGCUUUUUUAGUUCAAGCUUGUUCUUAAAAAUAGUACACUGGUUUAAUUCGCAUGUCUGAAUAAAUAGUUGCAAUAAAAUGUGGUCGGCGCUGCA